AUGCUAGAAUUACUCAAACGAAACUUCGACAUACUUUUUACUGAAAGACAAAAUAGAUAUGGGUCUUUGAAUUUAAUUUGUCCAAAGUAUAAAAGAGAAUCAGAAGGUGCUAGGACUUUUCAAGUGUCAGCCAUUAGGUUUUGGAAUUCACUUCCCAAUAAAAUUAAGUGUACAUCUAGUAUAGAAAUUUAAAAGAAAUCUUUACGUAAGUAUUUUUUGGAGUCCUAUAAAGAUGUUCAUCACUUUACUAUAGCUUAGGCUAUCCUACUUUAUUCUCAUAUAUUUUAUAUUAAUUUUUAGAUAAUUCAUAUUUCAAUUGUUAAAUCACCUUGUUUUAAUUACUUCAUUAUUUAUAUGUAUUUAAUUUGUGUUGAGGGCCACGAGUUUAUCAGUAUUUUAUACUGUCAAGUGCCACCCUCGAAAAAUGAAGUUGAUUAUUAUUAUUAAAGCGUAAAAAGCAAAUUCAUUUUAAUUCUUUUUGGGUUUACCUGGCAGUGGUUGAAGUGUUGUCGAGGCUGAUGUCAUUGUAAGCAGCGUUGUUGUUGAAACAGACUUUGAUGCUGUAACAGCUGAUAUCACUGUGGAAAGUGGUGUGCUUGUUUCUAUUAGAGCAAUUUAAAAGAAAGUUUAAGUAAAAAUUACAAUCAAUCAUGAAUCCGGGUUGUUCAAAGUUGGGUGCAGAUGACCUAGGGUUAGUGGGAAAUAUGAAUUUAGAUAUGAAAGUGUAAAAAGCAAAUUCGUCAGUUUUAGUUCUUUUUUAGUACAACUUAAGGUGUUUCGAUACAGUUUUUCGGAGACCACACCGAUGUUGCCUUGAAAGCAAUUUUGUCCUUGUCCGGUUGCUACAAACUUUUCACCAGUGAUUGUCUAUGAAUUGAAGUUUGUCAAAAUGCAGUUUCUAGUAAAAUCGAUAUCACUCUGACAACAAUAAACAAAAAACUAUGAAAUCGAUAAAACCGAAUUUUGCACGAUCUAGACCUUUUACUGAAAGGCCGACGGCCAGGAACUUAAAGUGUGCUGUUUAGCAAAUACCCUCCGUGAAAAGUAAAAAAAUUCUGUAUGUUUUAAUUCAAAUAAAACGCAAUUAAUAUAUUUCAGACCUUACAUUUUCAAUAGCCGUGAUAAAAUGUGUAAUAAAAAAGUUCUAAAUAACUGACCAAUUAACCUUAAGUAGCGUCAGAAGGCGGUCUAACAUCAUAUUUCGAUGCUAGGGAAUUUCGGUGUAUUAUCUUUCUUGCGAUCUCAUGUCCUGAAAACUAACCUGUUUUCUCACUACCUGUCCGUGUGCAACUUUACUGUAAAUUUUGACUUUUAGCGCUUUUCUGAAUAUCUCUAAAACGGCUCGACAGAAUUCUUUUUAAACCUUAUCACAUAAUUUUCAUGCUGUAACGCGGAUUUUUGGCCAUUUUGUAGGGUAGGUUUCUCAUGAAAUUUCAAGGUGUUGCAGUGAAUUAAUCUUAAUGAAAGUUUCAGACAUUGUUAUAUACAUCUAGACUCGUACCCAGUUGCUAUUUAUGUGUUUUUGGGCUGAGAAAAGAUUGGGGGUUAGGUUGAGGCUCGCGGGGUCUCAUGGGAAGGUACGAAGGAAAAAUAGCGUCGCUUUUUCUUCCUUCGUACCUUCCCAUGAGAUCUCGCGCGCCUCAACGUAACCCCCAAUCUUCUCUCACCCCAAAAACAUUAUAAAUACCGACUGGGUACGAGUCUGAUAUACAUCAUGAAGAUUAUGUGAUGAAGUUAAAAAUCAAUUAGGUCGAGCUGUUUUAGAGAUAAUACAGAAAAGCGCUAAAACUAAAAAUUUAGAAUAAAGCUGCACUUAACAGUUGGUGAGAAAACAGGUUAGUUAUCAAGACAAAAAAAUACACCGAAAUUUCCUAGCAUCGAAAAUGAUAUUUAGCAGCCUUCCGACUCUACUUAAGAUUAAUGUGAGUUAUUUAGAACUUUUUUAUCAAACGCUUUAUCACGGCUAUUGAAAAUGUAAGGUUUGAAAUAUAUUUUUGUUCUAUUUGAAUUCAAACAUACAGAAUUUUUUACUUCUCACAAAGGGUAUUUGCUAAACACCACACUUCAAGUUCUUGGUGUCAGACUUUCAGUAGCACGUCUAGAUCGCGCAAAAUUCGGAUUUUUUGUUUGUUGUUGUCAUAGUGAAUAGUCAAUUUUACUAAAAGCUGCAUUUUGAAAAACUACCAUUCAUAGUCACUCACUGAUGAAAGUUUUGUAGCGAUCGGACGAGGGUAAAAUCACUUUUAAGGUGAUUGAAAAAUAUCGGUAUGGUCUCCCAAAAACUGUAUCGAAACACCUUAAAGACGAAAGUUUGGGUUUACCUAGCAGUGGUUUGGUAGUUAUCAAGGCUGAUGUCAUUGUAAGCAGCGUUGUUGUUGAAACAGACUUUGAUGCUGUUACAGCUGAUAUCAUUGUGGAAAGUGAUGUGCCUGUUUCUAUUGGAGUAGUGUAA